AUGCGAUCACCGAACGGAUCUGUAGGGGGCCGCCCCUUCGGUUACUCGCAUAAUGGACCGGAGCGGGGGGAAGAGGGUGAAGAAAUGGAAAAUGUCAGUGAGAGAAUUGACGCCGAGUCGGAUUAUGGAGAUAGUCCCAACAACAGGCGGUUUGGUCCACCACCACCUCCACCACCACCUCCACCUCCAUUUGAAAGCAGGGAAGGAAGUCCGGAAUCGACCAACUCGAAUGGACGUCAACAGUUGCAAGUUGUGUCUGUUGGUGUAUUAAAUGUGCAACACGACGUGUCGGGUAUGCCGCUGGCGGGGCGUGAUGGGACGCCAAGGUCAGUUCCACAAAGUGAAUUAACAAAAAGAAAGAUGCAAGGGGAAGCGCAACUGCGGUAUGAGUACUACAAUCGUCCCAGGCUUACCGUAACUUCACGGCCUCGUAUUGUUGCGGCUCCCAUGUUAGACCGUUCCGAUUGGAAUCAACCACUUUUUACACUGUGCUUUUGCUUAUAUGGUAAUGAGAGGCCGGAAGCGCCAUUGGAUGAUGAGUUCAAUUCACCAGAAAGUUCCGUAACCCCGCGAAGGAAACAUUACCCACAUUCUCCGUCCAACUCCGGGAACUCGUCUAUUUUGGGGCAUUUCUGCUGGCGUAUGUUUUGCUUGCGGUGUAGUGUAGCCGACCAGAUGCGUCUCCUUGCAAUUGAGGAGGACGAACGCGGUUAUGAACCGCUUAACUUUUGCUGUGAAGGGUUUUUUGGAAGCAGAAUGUCGCUACCUCGUGCAUUCUGGACAAUGUGCAUAUGUGAUAUCCUCACUGGAGGUUCGCCUUGUGGUUGCUUUUAUCACGGUUUGGGGACCGCACUUUACGGUUGUCGAUUACGUUAUCUCGUCCGUUGCCGUUACCGUCUUCAGGGAAUUGUUUUGUCUGACUUCAUUCAUAUGUUAUGCUGCCCUUUGCUUAGUGUGGAUCAGCAGGGGGCGGAAAUGUUAGCUAAUGGACUUGUAGAGCCCCGUGAAUUUGGCAAGUUCAUGUUAUGA